UCACGAACCAAGAACAAGAACACAAAGCCAACGCCAAACAAAAAAAGAACAGUUAAAGAAACUUUGAAAAGAAAAUGGGUAAAGGAGGAAACCUUGUGACGGCUUCGGAGGUGGAGGAGCUACGACGGAAGAACGGGGAGAUGGAAAAAGUGGUGGAGGAAAUGAAGAAAGAAAUGUUGCAGUUGUGGCGGCGGACGCAGGUGGCGGAGGAAGCUGAGGAGCGUCUCUGCUCUCAGCUCGCCGAGCUUGAAGCCGAAUCGUUGGACGAGGCUCGUGAUUACCAUUCUCGCAUCAUUUUCCUCGUGAACGAACUCUCUCGUGUCUCUUCCUCCUCUUCUUCCUCCUCCUCCGACUUGGCCUCGCCCUAGAUAUAUAUCUAUGUAUAUAUGAUAUGUGUGUAAGAGCAUGAUUAACCUGGAGUUAUUAAGAUGGAGAUCUUAGCAGAAGUUAAGAAACAGUUUCUUAACUUUUAACUAAAAAAGCUAAAAACUUAAAAAUCCGUUCUUAGUUUUUUUAGUUAAGAGUUAAGAAACGGUUUCUUAACUUCCGAUAAGAACUUCACUCUAAGAACUCCGGGUUAAUCAUGGUAUAAGGAUAGAUCCUUAGAUUAUUGGAUGUAUCUGAAUUCACAAUACUGGCUCAUAUCAAUGCCAAUCUGUAUAGUUUUUUUUUUGUUUCCUGUUUUUCCUAACAUGUUCGAGAAAGGCUAUGAAAGUGUUCGAGAAUUAAUGCAAAAGAUAUUUCGAUUUGUA